GGAUCGACCGAUUUUGGUAGCUACUACUACUACCGUAGACUCAGGACUGUAUAGCAGUGUAGGACUAGCCUAGCCAGAUUCCAAUGCCGAUGGAUUCUUGGAAGCUCAGCAUAAGUUGGCCCUGGCAGCGCGGGGCGCCCAAGUCGAGGGGACUGCGAAUCCAAUGCUGAGAGACGCAGCGUGUGCGGAAGUCUGCCCUCGGUCUACGGGGAUUCCAAAGUCGUUGGGGCCUUGAUGGUCGCUGCACAGCUCUGCUGAGAGCGUUGUGGGAGCAAUGGUGGCCACAGACACCGCGCCCAGCAGCAGGGAUGCCGGCUGGAUCCCGUGGGAUUCGCUGCAGGCCACGCUGGCCGACUACCACUGGGCACUGCAGGAGUACCUGCGCAGCCUGGUGCAGGCGCUGCACCACCUCGAGGCGGACCCCUCGCGCAGCGCGCCGCAGCGGGGCGCACGCAGCCGGCCGUUUGCAGUGCUCUGGCGCUGGCGCGGCUUGGAUGGGCUGGGGCCGCGCGGCGGGCGCGCCACGUGGGAGCGCCAAUGCUGGUUCUGCGACGGCGUGGGCAUCAUGCCCGUGGUCAACCUGCACGGCUACCUCUGUGCCUGGGCCCCCGCGGCACUCAACACCCGCCACCACGCCGCCUCCGCCGCGCCCCCGUCCUCCGCUGCUGCUGUGCGCCCCCCCGCCCCGUCGCAUGAGCGCCUGCAGCGCCGCAGGGCAGCGCUUGCUCGGGGCCACGCGGGGCGGGUCGGCACGCCGGGGCUGCGGCUGAUGCGUGUGAGCAAGGCGCAGAAGGUGCCGGGAGAGAGCACGCAGCGCUACGUGGGCCACCUGGUGCCCGCGUUUGAGGUGCGCGAGCGCGCAGAGCAGAUGCCGCACUGGCACGACGGGCGCACCCGCCGCCGCGGCAACCUGCUGGAGUUUGACUGGCGCCGCGCGCAGUGGAUUGCCGACGUGCAGAACAUUGUGGAGAGCCCGGUCGGGCCAGCCCCCCCUGCCGCUGCGCCGCCGCCCCCCCCACCCCGCCCCUUGGAUGCGGCGCAACCCGCGGCUGGGGCCCUGGCCAAGGCCGCGCAUCUCACGGGGGGGGACCGGCGGUCGGGCGGCAUGGCGCGGCUGGAGCGCAUGCUGGCGGACUGGAGCAGGAGGAGGCGGGGAGCAGGACGGCGCCAGGCAGGGGGCGCCGAGCGGGCGGGCGAGGGAUUGCCACAGGGGGGCCCGACCGCGGCAGCGCGCACGCGGGAGGGGCAACUAGGGGGACGGCGCAGCAGCGGUGCGAGAGGGGGCACGGCAGGGCAGGGAAGAGAGGGGCGGGCAGGGCGGCCAGCGGCGGAAGAGAGGGACCCAGCGGGGCCUCGGGGCCGUAUGGGGAGGGGAGGCAACGGGCCAGGGAGGGGGCAGCGGCAGGGAGAGGGGCGCGGCGCGCCGGUGACUCUGGAUGGCGACUUCCCGGAAGACCUGGUCAGCAUCCGGCCAGGGUACGAGGAGGAGGAGGAGGGGGCGGCAGCAGCGGCGGCGGUGGCGGCAGGGCGGGCAGGGCUGGAGGGGGGAGUGACGUUCCGGGACAGGAUCUUUGACCCGCGGCUGCGCGCAUCGCCGCUGCUGCAACCCAUGCUCAGGAUCAGUGAGGCGCUCUCGUUGAGCUUCUUAGGCGAACGAAGGGACGCCCGAGCUGGACCCAGCACCCCAGAUUGACCUUGCUUUAAGUUUUGCUUUGAGUUGGGCUGGUACAAGCAUAAGCUUGGCCUGAACAUAGUCUUCCAACCCAGGGAUCUGGUUCUUUGGGAGAGUCCGCUUUUGAGUGUUUGUCAUCUCUCCACAUAUGACUUGUGCAGCUGGCUAGGCGAUCAUGCACGGCCUGAACGAUGGGUACAAGCUCCUGGAUCGCUUCAUUCUCGUUCGUUGCCUUGCAUAUCCAAUUGGCUGGCCGGGCU